UGCGCGUGUGACACUUCCCUUGCCGUCACUAAUACCACUUCCAUUGACCACCAUUUUUGACGUUUGAAAAAGUGAAAUAAUUUUUGUGUUUUGCGGUUAAAUUCCUCGCUUAUUUUAUUUAAUUUAUGCGAAAAAAUGACGAGGGCUAAUAUCGAGUUAGGAAACGUAACCCCACAUAAUAUUAAACAACUAAAGCGCCUAAACAGCGUGGUUUUCCCCGUCUCUUAUAACGACAAAUUUUACAAAGACGUCCUCGAAGCGGGCGAAUUGGCUAAAUUAGCCUAUUACAAUGACAUAGUCGUGGGGGCUGUAUGUUGUCGAAUUGAUACAUCGGAAAAAUCGCGUCGUUUGUACAUCAUGACUUUGGGGUGUUUGUACCCCUAUCGCCGGCUCGGAAUAGGCACACUCAUGGUACAACACGUCUUAUAUUACGUCGAACAGGACGGGAACUUCGAUAGCAUAUUCCUCCACGUGCAAGUCAACAACGAAGGGGCCAUAGAUUUCUACAAGAAGUUCGGUUUUGAAAUCGUUGAGACCAAAGAACACUACUACAAGAGAAUAGAACCAGCGGAUGCUCACGUUUUGCAAAAAACUUUACGGAAAAAAGGCCAAACCAACGGUAAUGCUGAAUAAAGACAGUCAUUUUUUUGUUACAGUAUUGUAUAAUUGUUUAAUAAAGUUUGAAUUGAAUGAU